AUGUCUAACGUGGAUGUUUUACUUACCGUAGGGAAGCUGGAUGCUUCCUUAGCUUUAUUGACCACUCAAGAUCAUCAUGUAAUUGAAUUUCCAACAAUGCUGUUGCCUGAUAACAUUAAAGCAGGAUCAAUCGUAAAAUUCAGUGUUUCACAAAGCUUGGAAGAAGAGAGGAGACAAAGUGAGAAAUUCAACAGUCUGCAGACAAAAAUUUUAGAAAAAUAUGGUACUUCAAAACCAGAGAAACCAGUUUUAAAAAUAGUAAAUAUUACCCAAACAAGUUGUGUUCUAGCAUGGGAUGAAUUAAAACUGGGUUCUGCGAAAUUGAAAUCAUUAGUAUUAUACAGACAAGGUAUCAGAUCAAUGAUAGUCCCAAGUCCUUUAAAAAUAACCGAAACCAAACUUUCUGGUUUAUCAAUUGACCAUCCUUAUGAGUUUCAAUUAAAAUUAUCCACAACAUCAGGGAAUUUUUGGUCAGAAAAGAUUAAUAUCCAGACACACAAAAUGACUGAUAUGUCUGGUAUUGUUGUAUGUUUAGGGCCACUUGAUCCAAUGGAGAGAAUUACUGACUCUCAAAUUUCUAAUUCUCUAAAGAAGAUAGGUGCAAAAGAACUUCAACACAAAGUAGCCAUUGAUACAACUCAUUUCAUUUGCAACGAUAUCGACAAUGAAGAUGACCCUGAAUUGAUCAAGGCUAAGAAUAAUAAUAUUCCAAUCGUUAGACCGGAAUGGGUCAGAGCUUGUGAAAUAGAACAAAGGAUUAUUGGUGUUAGGGGUUUCUACUUAGAUGCUGAUCCAAGCAUUUUAAAAAGCUAUACAUUCCAAGGGGUAUCUUCUGGAACAGAAGAACCAGUAUCCGUUGAAAUACCUCAAGCAGAAGUGAUAGAAACAGAGCCAAUUCACAAAACUGAAGAAAAGAUAGAAGUAGCAGAAGAAGAUUCAAUAGAUAAAUCAUCAAUUGAAAUUGCUCAGGGAAAUGUAAGAGAAAAAGAUCAGAUUGAUGAAAAAGAUCAAAUUGAAGAGGAAACUUUUGAACCACUAAAUGAAACUGUAACAGCAAAUAUUCAGGAACAGGACUUAGUAGAAGAUACAGGUUUAACUAACGACGAUAUUGUUAAAAAUAUCGAAGGUGCACAAAUCGAGAUAGUAAACAGCAGAGAUCAAGAAGAAAUGGAAAUGGUAAAGGAAAGCGAAGGCACGACUUUCAAUAUAGAAGAGGGACAAAAAGACGACGACGAACAAUUGAAUGAAGUUGAGCUAACUGUCGAAGAUGAACACUUGAAUGGCGUUGGAGGGCAGCUUGAGGAACAACAAUUGAACGGAACGGAAGAGAACAUUGAAGAGGAACAUGAAGUUAACGAUGAUCAAUUGAACGCGGAUGAACCAAACACUGAAGUUCAACAAAAAUCUGAAAGUGAGGAGAAAACUAACGCCGUUUCAUUAGACGAAAAUAUUCAAAAUAACAAUAAUGUGAACGCAAAUGAAUUAGAAGUAAAUCUAGAGCAUGUGGAUACUAAUAACGAAAGCUUUGAUAAGGAUGAUGAACAAAAGAAAACCAAGAUGCAGACAAUGGUGUAA